AGUCGACUAUAGAGAACCUUAAGCGUGAGAAGGCCUAACCUCAGAGCCCUCAGCAAACUGAGAAGCCACGCCGUUGGCUACCAGAGUCCUGAACUAUAACACGUGUAAAAGCGCCUUUGUUGGAGAAAACAUUGACUGGGCUGGACAGCAGAGGCAAGCAAGCCACGGAGAGAAUCCCAGUUUCUACACCUGGGACUUCAAAUAAGGUGGAAGAACACAGAGCUUGGAGCCCCACAGCCCUGACGGGGUAAUCAAGACCCACUGUGAGGAAGUGACUUUUACCUGAGGUCACCCAGAUGCUGACCAGGGCAGAGCAAAAGCACUAGAACUUGAAUUUUUGGACCUGCCUCCAGGACCCUGGGGAUUUCUACCAGGAAGCCUUCAGUCACCAUCCAGGGGAUUUUUUUCACCACAAAGGGUAAUUCCUGCCCCAUCCCUGCCGUGACUCAGCUGUGACGUUGAACCACACAAGCCAGAGAGAAGAUAAAGUCAUCAGAGAGUCCUGUUCACCAGAGAGGGAGGCCCAGGCCAGGACCCACCUCUCCUGUCAUCACAGACUCCACAGGGCUGGUCCCCUGCCCUGGAAGAGCUCAGACGGGCCCUCUGGCCGGCCUGGGACCCCGGGAUGGCCUCCAGCUCAGCCGGCAGCCCCCGUCCAGCCCCUGAUGAGAAUGAGUUUCCCUUUGGGUGUCCCCCCACCGUCUGCCAGGACCCAACAGAGCCCAGGGCUCUCUGCUGCACAGCUUGUCUCUCUGAGAACCUGAGGAAUGGCGAAGAUCGGAUCUGUCCCAAAUGCAGAGGGGACGACCUCCACCCCAUAAGCCCAGGAAGCCUUCUGACUCAGGAGAAGGUUCACCCUGAGAUAGAUGAGGCUGAAGUUGGGUGCCCCUUUGCAGGUGUUGGCUGCUCCUUCAAGGGAAGCCCACAGUCCAUGCAGGAGCAUGAGGUCACUUCCCAGGCCUCCCACUUAAACCUGCUGCUGGGGUUCAUGAAACAGUGGAAGGCCCAGCUGGGCUCUGGCCUAGGGUUCGGGCCCAUGGCCCUGGAGCAGAACCUGUCAGACCUGCAGCUGCAGGCAGCUGUGGAGGUGACGGGAGACCUGGAAGUGGACUGCUACCGGGCACCCUGCUCUGAGAGUCAGGAGGAGCUGGCCCUGCAGCACUUCAUGAAGGAGAAACUCCUGGCCGAGCUGGAAGGAAAGCUGCGCGUGUUUGAGAACAUUGUUGCUGUCCUCAACAAGGAGGUAGAGGCCUCCCACAUGGCCCUGGCCGCCUCCAUCCACCAGAGCCAGCUGGACCGCGAGCGCAUCCUGAGCUUGGAACAGAGGGUGGCGGAGUUGCAGCAGACACUGGCCGAGAAAGACCAGGCCCUAGGCAAGCUGGAGCAGAGCCUGCGCCUCAUGGAAGAGGCAUCCUUUGAUGGCACCUUCCUGUGGAAGAUCACCAAUGUCACCAGGCGAUGCCACGAGUCAGCCUGUGGCAGGACUGUCAGCCUCUUCUCCCCAGCUUUCUAUACUGCCAAGUACGGCUACAAGUUGUGCCUGCGGCUGUACCUGAAUGGGGACGGGACGGGAAAGAGGACCCACCUGUCGCUCUUCAUCGUGAUCAUGAGAGGGGAGUACGACGCUCUGCUGCCGUGGCCUUUCCGGAACAAGGUCACCUUCAUGCUGCUCGACCAGAACAACCGUGAGCACGCCAUUGACGCCUUCCGGCCUGACCUGAGCUCAGCAUCCUUCCAGCGGCCCCAGAGUGAAACCAACGUGGCCAGUGGCUGCCCACUCUUCUUCCCCCUCAGCAAGCUUCAGUCGCCCAAGCACGCCUACGUGAAGGACGACACCAUGUUUCUCAAGUGCAUCGUGGAGACCAGUGCUUAGGGUGGGAGGGUCGGCUCCUGAGGGAGCACCAGCUCAGACUGGGGGCUUAGCAAGAUAACCAUCAUAUCCUGCCCUUGACGUCCAAGACCCCAGGGCACAAGGAUGGGCCAGGGCUAGCAUGAUCUGAGCAGGAGUGACGGGUUGACCGUGGCCGGCCCUCAGCUGAAGAUGGCGGGACAUCGGGCUGGAAAGGGUCCAGAAGAAGGUGGGCAGAACUGCUCCCCUACUCACCAACCACAUGACACUGGGAGGUCAGGGAGCCCCAUCAGCCCUGAACAUUGAGGCAGACUUUGACCAAGAUGGGGAGAAAAUGGGGCCAGGCCCAGAGCUUCAGGACCUGAGCAGAGAAGAAGUCAGGCUGGGAGGCCUCUGUAGGGUACCACAGAGAACUGGAAACAGGCUUGCUCUCUUCCUGCCCAGGGGCAGAACCAGGACCAGGGGGUGGAAGGGAUGGGAUGCCCAUGUGAAUUCAGUCUGUCCAGGCCUGGACUGAGUUCCCCGUCCCUGGAGGUGAACAAGCAAAUCCAGAGGGCUACACUGGAGCAUCAAAUUGGGGGUUGGAUUUGAAGAACUUUAUGGUUCUUUCCAGCCCAGAAAGUCACUAAUUCUAGGCCUCCUGGCCCAGGCGAGGCCUAGGACUGUAGGGAGGUUUGGAAACACUCAGGAGCCUCAUGCCCUCUGGGUUCCUCACUCACCUUUAGUACCCCCAGGUGGACUGAGCUGGCCCACAGGGCACCUGCCACCCUGGGCCUGGCAGCUCAGCUUCCCCAACAUGCAGGAGCACACACAGCCCUUGCGUCUUGUCCUCCACCAGCCAAACACCCCUUUACUUCAUCCAGGUGAAACCAGGUCACUGUGAGCUCCUGGGAGCAGCCAGAGAAGCACAGAGGAGGAGAGGGGCAUAAACUUCCCACUUCCCUGCCUGGAGGCCCCACCUUUGGUACUUUCCAGAAUCCCACAUGACCUCAUUAACUAAAGCAUUCACCUCGCUCAGUUGACUGAUCAGGGCCUCUGAGCCACUGAGCAGAGGUUGUUCUUUGUAUAUGUAUAAAACCAAAGAAAGAAUUUUUUAAAUCUCAUUUAGAUUUUUCACAAAGUGCAUGGCUGUGGGAAUUGGUCAUAGCCAGCCAAGUUUGAAAAGUCCAUUGCUGAGUUUUGAGGUGAUGCCGCCAGUUCUGCAGGUGGCAGCAGAGGGCGGUGUGCCGGCAGGAACCUCCGCCUUGGCCUCUGUCUUCUCUGUCCUGCAAUGGGAGACGCACCCCCAGCCGGCCUCCCACAUUGAGUUCUCCAACCCUCAAAGGAGAUGCCACAUGAGAGGGACUGGGAGAGAGAGGCCCUGGGCACCGCUGCCUCCCUGUCACAUUCCGUUGGUGGCCUAUGUUUGACUUCUCACCUUGGAGGCCUCACCCAAUGUUCCAGAGACCCUGAGACUUCCUGCUGCUCUCUGCGGCAGCCUUCCCAACAGCUUACUCUUCCUUUGCUGAAGCUGUGAUAGACUUCCCUCCUCAAACCUUCCAGGUUUCUUCUGUAAAAUGGGCCAGUAGCCCUGCCUGUUCUCUCUAGCCCAGCGUCUGGGAGGAUCAAAGGAGGUGAGGGAGCAUCGUGGCACAGUGGGCUCAAUAGAUCAGGGGCCAGGUCCAGCCUGGCUGUAAACCUGGCAUCCUUUCGUGCCUCAGCCUCUUCAUCUGAAAACCAGGAGGAGCCCAGCUCACAGGGUUCACAGGAGGCGCAGCUGCAGUGAUGGGGCACCGGCGCUUUGUACGUGCAAUGGCGUCUUCUGUGCACGACAGGCUGCAAACACGCCAGGGCUGCUUUUUCUUGUUCCCAUUGCUGAUAGCGUGUCAGCGACAGAGACUGACUUGCUUCCCUUUGACAGGUGGAUGUAACAGGUAAAGGUCUGGCCUAGCAAGUUAUGGAUUCUGCCUCGGAGCUGGUGCCCUAGCAAUGACCUCUCUAUCCCUUCUCACCGAGUGCUGAGCUAAAGGGGGAUUCAUAGGACAAGGCACCACAAGGGACUGCUGUCCCUCUACAGCUUUAAUUGCUUGUUUCUGAUGGGAAGACACAUACUCUCUGCAAACAGUGCGAGAUGCGUCCAUUCUUUCAGCAAAGAUUCACUGACACUGCGUGUGUCACGUGCUGUGCUGGACACUGGGGAGAAGGAAGGUAAGAUGUGCACCCUGCCCUCAAGAAACUUUUAGUUCUGUGGGGGAAACAGGCCCAUAAGUAGAUCAUUAUGACUAAGAGAAGCUCAGAGAAAGCUCAGAAUCCCAGAUCCACUGGGUGGGGCAGGGAGGGCUUCAUGGCAGAGGUGGCAUUUAAACGCAGCCUGGAAAUAUUUUGAAAUGCAGAGGAUGGGGGGCAGGGGAGAGUACGGACUUGGAGACAGGAAGCGGGCUUGCCUACAGGUGGGGUCUGUGUGGCAGGACGGUGGAGGGAAGUGGAAAGGUAGGAUGAGCUGGAGUGUGGAUGGCAUCAGAUGCGGCACUGCUCUCCCCAAAGCCCCUGCUGGGUAACCCUUGGCCUGCUAACAGCAGGAUGAGACAAUGGUUUAAAGCGUUGAAUAAUUUCUCUUCCAACAAAGCUUUAUGUUAAAUGCAACAAAGAGCUCACAUUUCAUCUCUCAUAGGUGACUCAAGGAUGGGGGAGGCAAGACACAGGCAGAGCCCCUGUUUCACUGGGUCCUCACAACCCCCCAAUGUGGCAGGCACCCUUCAAUCCCCUUUUACAGAUUAGGAAACGAAGGCCUGAGACCAGGUGCCUUGUUUAAGGUUUGGGGUGGGGGGAGUUGGCAUUAGAAACCACGUCUUUUGUUUCUAGUUACUUUCCUUCCUCUUCAAGCUUCCU